AUGAACAGGCCUAGUGCUUCCCUCCCACCAGGGUUCAGAUUCCAUCCUACAGAUGAAGAGCUCAUCAUCCAUUAUCUAAAGCAGAAGGCCUCGCCUUCAUCAAAUCCGCCAAUCUUAAUAAUAGCUGAUGUCAAUAUCUACAAGUUCAAUCCGUGGGAACUUCCCGAUAAGGCUUUUUUGGGGGAAAAUGAGUGGUUUUUCUUUAGUCCAAGAGAUAAAAAGUAUCCGAAUGGAACACGUCCGAAUAGAACAGCUGCAUCUGGCUACUGGAAAGCCACUGGAACCGAUAAACCAAUCAUCAGCUCUGUUGGAUCUCAAUGUCUUGGAAUGAAAAAAGCUCUUGUAUUUUACAAAGGACGUCCUCCGAAGGGUGUAAAAACUGAUUGGAUGAUGACCGAGUACAUGCUUCUUGAUGAUUACUUUUCAUCCCGAAGGCCAAAAGAAUCCAUGCGAUUGGAUGACUGGGUUCUAUGUCGAGUCCGGCAGAAAUGCAAGGUUCCCCAACAACUCGGAGGAAGAAACUAUAGCAGUUCUAGCUGUUCCCCUCCAUUCCGUGGGCACUUACAAGGUCAAGAGAUGACAAUAGAGAACACCAAUAUUCCGCAUGGAAAUCAUAAGUUACCUGCAGAGUAUCAAAUGUCUCCCCUGGAAAGUGAAGAACUAGAUGAAAAGGGACAGAUAAUGGAUUUCCAAGAAGGCUCUCCAGAGUACUCACUUUCCAACUCUCCAAAAACCAUUGAUUCUAAUGUCAGAGACGUGCUCAAAUCCAUUGAAAGGGAACUCUCCGUUGGAGCUUUGGAUGAAUUGUUGCCAUCACAACCAGAGAAACGAUUGAAGGUUUCCGCUCCAGAUAACAGUCCUGGCAACGGAUCCGUUUUCCAAAUUUCUUCCCCCGCCCCAUCCGCUUCAUACCAACAGCAUUUCUCAGAGUUCUAAUCCAUUACAGCAGUCCCCUCCCCUGAGGCGGCUGAGGGUUUCAUAUCAAGGAAAGGAACUAUUCAUGUUCUUACACUAACAAUAAUAACGUUUGAUUUGCUUCAACAUACAGAGUUAAAGAGUAAAAGAUACUUCGAUUUAAAAAGCAAUAAAAGAGAAAGAAGAAAAUGGCAAGUGAGAUUUUGUUGUUCCAAACAGUUCUCCAAUGCUUCAAAAGAGGUGAACCAUGUAUGAUUUCGGUUGAAUGAAGAAAUUUCAUGUUUCAAAUGACAACUGGACAUGGCUGGAACACUAUAUGAUCCCACGUUGCUCUCAUAUCUAAAUAAUGAAAUGAUUCUCUUAUAUAA